CCUUCUACACUCAAAUCUAUUACACAACCACCUCGUACUUAUACUCUUAUAUAUACCACAUAAUCACACACACAAAAACAACCCUAAAAAAACCCCUAAUUAACAAAAAAAAAAAAAAAACACAUGGAUGGAGCAAGAAAUGAAGAGGGUCCCAUGCAGCAACAAGAUCUCCAGCAGCGAGCGCGGCCGCCGGAGAACCAUGCGGCCGCCCAAGGCCACGGUCACCAGCCGUCGCCACCGAGGUGCCCGCGUUGCGACUCCUCCAACACCAAGUUUUGUUACUACAACAACUACAGCCUCUCUCAGCCUAGGUACUUUUGCAAGGCUUGCCGGAGGUACUGGACUCACGGCGGAUCCCUAAGGAACGUCCCCGUCGGCGGUGGCUGCCGGAAGAGCAAGCGCCCCAGGGUUUCGUCGCCGUCUUCCUCUUCAAACACUUUGGCCCCGAGACCUCAAGGUGUGCUAACCGCCGCAGCUCGGCCUCAGAAUCCGACGGCCGUGAUUGCCGGACAGCCCUCGAGGCCUGUGGCGCCGUCGUUGGGCGGUGGUUUCUACGCCAGCGGCUCGUUUAUGUCUUCUUUGGCUGCAAUGCAAACCGGUGGGAUGAAUCCAGGGGCGGCGGCGAUGGGCGGCGGCGGUCGUUUGGGUUCGAAUAUGGCCCUUCUGCAAGGGAUGAGCUUCCAGUCAUUGAGAUCUCCGCCGCCGACUCAUUUCUUUCCACCGCGGCAAAACUUGAUUCCGCCGGGGACAUUUAGUUCUUGGACCCAAAGCGUGAUCAGCGCCGGCGCCACCAGCUCUUCCGCUGCGUCGGCCGCCGGUAUGUGGAGCAGCAGCAGCGGAGGCGGCGGAGAUCGAGCGGGUUCUUCCUUCGCUGCCAAUCAAUGGUCCGACUGUAAUCCGGGGUUUAAUCCUUCUGAAUGAUUUGAUUCUUUUUUUACAAUAAUUUCAAGAAAAAUACAUAAAUGUAAUUUGUUUAGAUUUUUGCGAUUUUGUAUACAAAUUUCUU